AUGCUGCACGUAAGGUAUGAGGGAAUUGCAGUCGAUCAUAUUACAGCUUCCUUCACACUUCACAAUUUUCUCAUACUGAAUGGAGAGCAGCUGUUGCCAGAAGAUGAGCUAGCAGCACCUAUUGACAACAAUGAAGUGCUUGGUGAUGAAGACUUGGAAGAAGGCGAUGCAUCAGAUGAAGGUAUGGGUGACAACUGCAACGACCUGUUUGCUGACGCUCAGGACGCCCAGCUCAGGGAGACAGCGCGACUGCAUGGCGAGCUGAGUGGAGCUGUCGUGCAGCUGAGUGACCUCUUCGCCCCGUACCUGCCGUACUACUUGUUGAACCCUCUGGGCGGCUCGGCCCUCGCCACCUGCGGCGUUCUGUUUGGCACUUUCUCCGGCAACUUCCUGUCGCUCGUGCCGCAGAUCUUCAUCGUCUUCAUGCCUCUCUGCAUGAACGGUGAGGCGCUGAAGAUGGCCAGUGGGCCCUGGAUGUCCGAGAGUGCGUAUGGCAGCGCCUGGCUGGAGAGCUCUCCUCCACAGCGACGCAUGUUGCUGUUGUCCAUGGCGCGCUGCAGCCGGCCCAUGGCUGUCCCCGUCAAGGCGUUCGGCGCGCUGGACCGGGAGGCGUUCAUCUCCGUGCUCAAGGCGUGGUUCAGCUAUCUGCAGACCCUUUCCAACCUGAGCGCGACGUAGCAU